AUGGAGUGUCCAACGUGGGUGCUUAUAGCGUCGGUGAUAGCAGAGAAGGAUUUUCAUCCAUCUUCUGAGGUUCUCUUUUCUUUGAUUUGCUCGAAUUGCUGGAAAGGUGCAUACGUCUCAGGCAUAGGUGGGAUCAAGAGCAUCUCACAAAGGGCGGAGGAUACGCUUCCUUCCCCUCCCCUUGGGACACCUGAUACAGCUACGGGCACCUCUUCACAGCUUCCCGCAGCGCUGCCUCCAACUUCUCCUUUCCUGGGCACACCCGACACAGCUGCCGGCACCUCUUCACAACUUCCGGCAGUGCUACCUCGUGGUGAGAUUAUUGAUAACAGCCACAAGAACAGUGAUGUUCUCACCUCUAUAGGGCAUUUAUCCGAGGGAAACAUGUCUUGGUAA